AUGCAAGUAAUUCUAAUUUGUUCCUACUUGUUUUCUCCUGUUUUAGGUGCCAGCCGUUUGAUCAGACACCUCCAUGCAAAUGGUAUACCAAUUUGUGUGGCAACUGGUUCACACAAACGGCACUUUGAAUUGAAAACAAAAAGACAUGUUGAACUUUUUUCAUUGAUGCACCAUGUUGUUCUUGGUGAUGAUCCAGAAGUUAAACAAGGCAAGCCAUCACCAGAUAUAUUCCUUGCAGCAGCCAAAAGAUUUGAGGGUGGACCAGUAGAUCCUCAUAUGAUUCUUGUUUUUGAAGAUGCACCCUUCGGAGUACUGGCAGCUAAGAAUGCUGGGAUGUCAGUCGUUAUGGUUCCAGAUCCAAGGCUGGAUAGCUCUUUUCAUGAAACUGCAGAUCAGGUUCUAAGUUCCCUAUUGGAAUUUAACCCAAAUGAGUGGGGUUUGCCUCCAUUUGAAAAUGCUGCAAGCUAGACUUGUAUCUGUCCACAUGGUAUGUAAACUUGCCGCAGAGAGAUUUGUUGAUCCUCAGGGAGAUUCAAAACAAACGUUGACUGGAUUCUUUCUAGAAUAUCUUCUUUGCAUUGUUCUGGUAUGUGCAAGUUACAUAAGAUAUUGAAAAAUAGCACUUAUAUCAAAUGCCAUUUAAACAUUAUUUUGCUAUGAGCCAACCAGGACAAUAUUUUUGCUGAGAAAGCUCUACAGUUUUUUCCCUUUUAUAUGUCCUGUAUUUUGUGAUAUUGUUAUGUGAAUCAUCGUACUUUAGAUUUGGCCUAACAUUGCUUUUACCUUGGA